CAGAUUUUGAUUUUUUUUUUUAGAUAUUCUCGCACAGAGCAGCAGGUUGUGACUAUUUCCGCAGAAUAAUCGAUUUAACGUGCUCGGGACUGUAAACGAUAAAACUAUUGAAGUUGCGGACUGUGUCCUAGGUGCUAUUUUUACGUCGGGCUUUGUUUUUCCUUACACCUAUUGAAAUUAUCGAAAAAGAGGCUCGUUUUUGUUGUGGUGUGCGUGAUUUUUAAUAUUUGGUGUUAUUAUAUUUUUGAUAUUUUCAACUGUUAGUUAACAAGAAGACCAUACGUAUUCGCAAAUCACAUGAAAGUGACAAAAAUUGACGAACAAAGAGGCAUUGCCAUUACUCUGUGGCUACUUGAUUUCACAAAGCAAGGAUAAGCAGCUGAUAGAUAUUCACUCGGAAGACAUAAUACAACGUCAUUGAACAAUCAUGCAGCGGUGGUGGUUUCUUGAAGAGAAUAGCGGGUCAGCCAACAGUGCAUCCUCAUCGGUGGGCACUGUAACAAAAAAGGCUAAACCACUCAAACCACCGGGUGAUCGUCGUCACAAGUUUCGAGUGUUGGUCACCUAUGAUCUACUGAAGGAUGAAACAAUUGGAGUUACAGGGAACUGCGAAGCGUUAGGCAAUUGGGAGUCCGAACACUGUGUUCAACUGCAGCUAGAAGAAGGUAGUCCAAACGUAUGGUAUCUAGAAAUUGAGCUACCUCAGAAUGUUGCCAUUUCCUACCGGUAUCUGAUUUGCUCGAUCGAUCCAACCAGCGAAAAUGUACAUGUGCGACGCUUCGAGACCCACAUCAACCCACGGACCAUUCCGAUCGAUAGCGCACCAAGUCAAGCGGAGCAGACUUUGAAAAUUGACACUCUCGGUGAUAUUGAUGGAUCGAUUAAACUAGACAGAGGCUGGCUGACCAGCGAGACAAUAAUACAAUUUAAACUCUUUGACAACCCUUUUUCUGUAAAGGAGAGAGUUAAAAAUCGACUACUGUAUGUGAAGAUAACACCUAUGAAUCUUCGUAUCAAUGCGGAAACCCAAAAUCUAACGACCCUGCUGGAUGAAUCGCUAUCUAGUGAUACUAGAGAAAAUGUAACCGAACAUCAGGGCUAUGCUUUUACUGAGGUAGUAUCCAUGGGGAAUCAGAAUGCAACAUUUGAACAGCAGUACCAAUUUGGAUGCCCAUAUCACCAGGAAGAUUUCAUGGUAUUUAAUGUGACAGUGGCAGAACCAGAGAAUGUGGCCUAUCUAGUUGACCUGUAUACGUACAGCUCUCGUUCCAAGGAGAGCGAACUACCUUAUCAUUUGGGCUACCAUUAUAUCUUACCCAACCUUUUAAAGAAAUCCGAAGGAGUUUUGGAGCUUCCAGUGACAUGUGCUAACAAACAUCGUCCACUGGGGAUGAUGCGUAUCGAGUACCUGAAAAUAACCCCAUUACUUCCAUCCCGGUGUACUCUGGAACGAUCUUACAUUAGAUACUGGAAUAAAAGAUGGACUGGGCUUGACGUAGGUCAUCGUGGUUCAGGGACUAGCUUCAAAGCAAGCGAUGGAAAUUUAAUACGAGAGAAUACAAUCGCUUCAUUGAAAAGCGCCGUCGCCCAUGGUGCAGAUAUGGUUGAAUUUGAUGUACAGCUAAGCAAAGACUUGGUACCGGUGAUCUACCAUGAUUUCGAUAUUUAUGUCUCGCUAAAACGUAAAACAAGCCUCGAGAUUAAUGAUAUGUUGGAGUUGCCGAUGCGUGAAUUGACGCUAGAGCAGCUUAAAAAUCUUAAGGUCUACCAUGCCGUAGAAGGUAGAAAUCGUGAAGCAAAGUUCUUCGACGAGGAUCUAGAAGAACAUCAACCAUUCCCACAGUUGGCCGACGCAUUGGAACUGAUCGAUCCAAACUGUGGUUUCAAUAUCGAAAUCAAGUGGUCCCAGAAACUCAAAGACGGCUCUAUGGAAUCAGAAUUAAAUUUCGAUUCGAAUCUAUACGUUGAUUGUAUUUUAAAAGUCGUUCUAGAGAAAGCUGGCGACCGGCGGAUUGUUUUCUCUUGCUUCGACGCCGACAUUUGUACAAUGUUACGUCUCAAGCAGAACCUUUAUCCGGUAAUGUUCCUCACUCUGGGUGUUACCAGUCGAUAUCCGAGCUACCACGAUCCACGCUGUAAUUCGAUUGAGAUGGCAGUCAGGAAUGCCUGCGCUACCGAACUGCUCGGAAUCGUCGCGCAUACUGAGGAUCUGUUGCGUGAUCAAACUCAGGUUAAUCUAGCGACAGAAAAAGGAUUGAUCGUCUUCUGCUGGGGUGAUGAUAAUAACUGCAAAGAUACGAUCAAGCAUUUGAAAAGCCUUGGAAUCCACGCCAUUAUCUACGAUAAGAUGCACGAGUACUCUGAUAAGCCUGUCAAAGAAAGUGUAUUUUUAGUGGGUGCUCGCGAAUCACAGGCUGCUUUGUUGCAGCAAAUUGAUAUUGAAAACCGCCACGAGCAAAUCAUCAACCAACAUGAUUUAGUCGUCCAAAGCAAACCGGGAAAGGUUGCUUCCGUAGAUGUGGCUUCGAAUUCGUCACUGUUACCAAAAUCCGCUGAUUGAAUAACGUUUGGCCCCGAAAAAAGGAGAGGUAAUAGAUUGUUACAAUCAAGAGAUAAAUCAACACCGUCGUAAACAUUGUAUCUGUCAACUACCGUCUGAUGAAAAUAUCCUAACUACAGUCGUUUGGCAAACCAUUUAACCUUGUAAAGAAUUUCGAAUUUAUCCAGUAUAACAAAAAAAAAUAUUUAUAAGUAUUGUUCUUUUUCAUACCUAUUAACUGUUGUUGAAUGCAAUCAAGCAAAGGCUAUUAGAUGUAAUAUUUCAUAGUUUAUGAUACACCCUAGAACAUUUACCAACUGCUACCAGAUAGUUUUGUGUUUCUGGUUACGAUCACCGUGACAUUGAUAUCAUCGGGCUUGAAUUGAAAUUUUUGGUGAAAUUUAAUUUAACUACGUUUACGUUUAGACUUACUUAUUUUUCAGUCAUCCGAAACAUAACCGCAAUAAACAUCCAGCUAAAUCAUCGGAAAAUAUCAAAUCAAACCCGAUAAUGCUUGAUAGUUUUAUACCAUCGACAGAUGUACUACCGUUGUGCUCCAUUCGUCUGGUACCUCGAUUAAAGGACUAGAACGGUAAUAUAAUCAUGUCUGUCCAUGGUAUAAGAUGACAUUUGUUCUACUGCUUCACGAGAAAAUAUAUGUAUGUCCAUUGUAUAAAAUUUUCAAACCAAAAUAAAAUCAACAAACCUUGCCUAAGGGAUAGCAAAGCUAGUGUUUCCGAUUGAUUUUCAAAAGGUUUUGUGGUAAUUAUAUGAUUUAAUGAAAACAAAGAAGCAACAUUUUCAUAAGGUUUGUUCAGAAGAUUGCAGGAGAUUGUUUUAAAAUAAGUUUUCAUUC